GUUUUCCUUCUGCCGCCCGCGGAUCUCGCCGGAAGCGCCGGUCCGCGAGCAUGGCGGAGAUGGCAUGGCGCGGCAGGCGGCCGCGUUGCCGCGCAUCUUGGUGUCUUUGGGCCGCUCGCGACAAUGGGCGGAAGCGCUACGGCGGCUUGGACCCGCCAAGGACCUGGGCCCAGAGGCGCUGCAGCGCCUCAACGCCGGCAUCAGCGCCUGCCGCCUGGGGGCGGCGUGGCAGGCCGCCUUGGCUUUAUUUCGGCACCUCCUGCAUGAAGGACCGGCGCCCGACCAGUUCACCUUCUCCUCUGCCAUCCUGGCCGCCUGUGCCAAAGAGAGCAGCCGCUGGCAGCUGGCGCUUGCGAUGAUGGAGGCCAUGCCGUCAUACCGGGUCGCGCCCAAUGCGGCAGUCUGCAAUGCCGCAAUCAUCGGCCUGGAGCACGCUGGUCGGUGGCAGGAGGCGCUCCACCUCUUUGGUGCAAUGGAUACGAUCCGUGUCGCCGCGAACCUGAUCAGCCUGAAUGCGACCAUUGCGGCCUGCAGCAGCAGCAGCCGCUGGCAGCCGGCGCUUGCUCUGCUCAAGGCAGCGCCGGAGUCUCUGGGGAGGUCUACGGUUAGCUUCAACACCGCCAUCACCGCCUGCGGGCGGGCUGCCCAGUGGCGCAGGAGCUUGGUGCUUCUGGAGGAGCUGCGGGUGCUCGUGCCAUUUGACAGUGGGCAAGGGCAGAGGCUGCUGGUGCCCCGCGUUGCUUCUCCCGGUGAAGCCACAGGUCUCGUGGUGUUGCUGCGGGGCUGUAACGCCACGCUCUCGGCCUGUGAGCGGGCGGCUUGCUGGCGGGAGGCGCUCCAGCUCCUGAGCGCCAUGGCUGAUGGAGGCGCCCAGUGGCCCUUGCCGGACGUGGUGAGCUUCAAUGCCAGCAUCUCGGCCUGUGAAAAGGCAUUAAGCUGGGACUGGGCACUUGCCACGCUGCGGAGGGCCGGGCAAAAGAAGAAGGCCGACGCCAUUGGCCUGAACA